GGCUUUGUUUUCCUUAUCCCUUUAGUGCUUUAAAUGGCUGCAGAUUCCUCUCCCAUUCCCAAUAUAAGGAGAAGCAACUUCUCUAAAAGCUUUGUUUUUGGUUCUUCAUCAUCUGCUUACCAAUAUGAAGGUGCUGCUUCUAUGUAUGGAAAAGGACCAAGUAUUUGGGAUAGCUACACUCAUCAACACCCUGAGAGAAUUGUUGAUUGCAGUAAUGGAGAUUUAGCUGUUGAUCAAUAUCACCGUUAUAAGGAAGAUGUUGCCAUUAUGAAGAAUAUAGGUUUUGAUGCUUAUAGAUUCUCAAUUUCCUGGUCCAGAGUCUUGCCAAAGGGAAAGCUUAGUGGUGGUGUGAAUCAAGAAGGAAUUGACUAUUAUAACAGACUCAUCAAUGAACUCCUUUCAAAAGGCAUUCAACCCUAUGUUACAAUUUUUCAUUGGGAUGUUCCCCAAGCUUUAGAAGAUGAAUAUCAAGGCUUCUUGGGUUAUCAAAUUAUAAAUGAUUAUCGAGACUUUGCUGAUCUUUGCUUCAAAGAGUUUGGAGAUAGAGUAAAACAUUGGAUCACUUUUAAUGAGCAAUAUAUCUUUGCCUUAAAUGGUUAUGCAACUGGAGAAUUUGCACCAGGCAGAGGAUCUUCUUCGCAACCGUUUAACUGUCUCGGUGGUGAUUCUGGGACUGAACCGUACCUUGUUGGUCACCACCAAAUUCUCGCACAUGCUACUUCAGUUAAACUUUACAAGUCUAAAUAUCAUGCAGAUCAAAAUGGUGAAAUUGGGGUGACAUUGUAUUCGGAUUGGUUUGUCCCAUAUUCAAGUAGUGACGAAGACAAAAAUGCUACAUCUCGAGCUCUUGAUUUUUCUCUUGGUUGGUUCUUGCAUCCCAUAGUAUAUGGAGAUUAUCCAACCAGCAUGAGAGCUCUUGUGAAGGAGAGGUUGCCUAAAUUCACAAAAGAAGAAACUAUUUUGAUCAAAGGGUCCUAUGAUUUUAUUGGAAUAAAUUACUAUACAUCUAAUUAUGCACAAAAUAAUACCAAUGUUGAUCCUCACAAACCAAACCUAUUGACUGAUCCACAUGCCAAUACUUCAACUGAUCGGAAUGGAGUUUCAAUUGGUCCAAAGGUGAACGGAUCAUCUUGGCUUGCAGUUUAUCCAGAAGGGCUGAAAGAUCUGAUGAUACAUAUAAAGAACCAUUAUAAAAAUCCCUUUAUCUACAUCACAGAAAAUGGAUAUCUUGAUUUUGAUAGUCCUGAUGUUUCCACAUUAAUCAAGGAUGAGGGUAGAGUUAAAUACUACCAACAACAUCUCGAAAAACUUCAUGAAUCAAUCAAGGUUGGUGUAAAGAUAAAUGGAUUUUUUGCAUGGUCAUUAUUGGACGAUUUUGAAUGGGAAAGUGGAUAUACUAUGCGCUUUGGUCUCGUCUACAUUGAUUUCAAAAACGGUUUGAAAAGAUCCCCAAAACUUUCAGCAAAUUGGUUCAACCAUUUCCUACACACCUGA